UAUCUAUAUCUAUAAUUUAUCCAUCUUUGUUUAUCGUGUCUAUCGAAUUCAUAGGAACACAAACAACAAAGAAGAACAUGAGCAGCUUCAUAAACUGCAAUCACUUUGUUCUUCACCGUUUUCCUAUCAUGGCAAUGCGCUCUACCUUCAACUAUCGCCACUUCUCUCUUCAUAUUUCAAACGCUUCUACUCAACCACAAGCCCAAGGGAUUGAGACACCUCCACGUGUUGGAUUUUUGGGUCUUGGAAUCAUGGGCACCCCAAUGGCACAAAAUCUCAUCAAAGCUGGAGUUGAUUUGACUGUUUGGAAUAGGACAAAGAGCAAGUGUGAUCCUCUAAUCAACUUGGGAGCUAAAUAUAAACCAUCUCCUGAGGAAGUAGCGACAUCUUGCGAUCUCACAUUUGCUAUGCUUGCUGAUCCUCAAAGUGCGGUUGAUGUUGCUCUUGGUAAACAUGGAGCUGCAAAUGGAAUAGGUCCAGGAAAAGGAUAUGUGGAUGUAUCAACUGUUGAUGUGGACACUUCUAAAUUGAUUAAUGGGCAGAUAAAAUCCACUGGAGCAUUAUUUUUGGAGGCUCCAGUUUCAGGUUCCAAAAAGCCAGCAGAAGAUGGACAAUUGAUAUUUCUUACAGCAGGGGACAAGAAUCUUUAUGAUACGGUUGCUCCAUUCUUGGACAUCAUGGGGAAAUCUAGAUUUUACCUUGGUGAUGUUGGAAAUGGAGCUGCGAUGAAACUCGUUGUCAAUAUGAUCAUGGGCAGUAUGAUGGCAUCCUUUUCUGAAGGUUUACUUCUCAGUGAGAAAGUUGGGCUGGAUCCAAAAGUACUAGUGGAGGUAAUUUCACAGGGUGCGAUUAGUGCUCCGAUGUACUCGAUGAAAGGCCCAUCCAUGAUACAGUCACAUUAUCCGACUGCAUUUCCCUUAAAGCAUCAGCAGAAGGAUCUAAGACUUGCCCUGGGGUUAGCAGAGUCUGUUUCCCAACCUAUUCCGAUUGCAGCAGCUGCUAACGAGUUAUAUAAAGUUGCAAAAUCACACGGCUAUAGCGAUGAGGACUUUUCAGCGGUCAUUGAAGCAUUAAAAUCCAAAUUUCAGCACUCAGAAAACCAAUGAGGUUCUUAUGAAGACAUGUUCAAGUUGACUUGGAAUCAAGUAUAGAAAGGUUGCGACUUUGUGAGACUAGUCAAUUUAAAUGCAAUUCCCAAAAUGUAGAAUAUAUAUACAGUUUCAAGUGAGUAAAAUUUUGGUAAAAAAUUAUUUUCAACAAA